AAAAAUAAUACUGCUGGCCAUGAACAUCGCACUCUUCGAGAGUUCCUCGUUAGGUUGAAAAUGUCCCUGAAACAUUGAGUUUUGGGAUAUAUAAAUUUGUUUCCUUUAAAAAAAGAAAAGGAGAGUGAUCUUAAAAGUACCAGUCAUCGCGAAAUGGAUGAUCAGAGAGAUGAUGAUGACGAAAAACCUAUGGAAAAAGAAACGUCGACAUCUUACGCGAGGGAAAAUUCAUGUUUACUUUCAUUGGCUGACUUUUCUCUGGAGAUCUUGGUAAAGAUUAUGUCUUCCUUGUCGCUUAAAGAAAUACUUCGGCUCGAGACGACUAGCAGGAAGCUUUCACUCGCCACAACAAUCCAUUUGAGAACAAGGAAAUCGGUUGAUUUUACCGAAGGGAAAUGGUACGGAGAAAUGUCUUCAUUAGUAACAGACGGUAUAUUUUCGCGCCUACUCCAACGAUGUCCAGAGGUAAACAGUGUGCUCGGAAUACAUCCUACGUUGCUAACAAAACGUCAACAGAGACACGUAGACGUGUUAAGCGUUGAUGGAAUCACUGCCGCUUUGACUUUCUGUAAAAAGCUAAAAUCAAUCGGCACUUCUAACAUACAAGUGUUGGACGCCAUGUUGGCGAUCAAUCCAAAUUUGGAAAUUGCCGGAGGUUUCCGCAACAGAGGUGGAGAGUUCCCGAUCUCUCCACACAGUUUUUUGUCGAUUCCAAGCAGAGUGAAAUUAUCCCAGCUGGUACUAACAGGUGUAACAGUUCCAUUGUUACCCACAAUAGAGGGUUUGACGUUUCUUCAACUUCGAUGGGUUAAGUUUACAGACCAUGAACCUUUCAAAGACUUUUCAUGUCCAAAAUUAGAACACUUUAUUAUGAAAAACUGUAUGGGUGUUGUUGAAACUGGUUCAUUCAGUCCACGAGUUUGUAUUCCCCUAUUCCAUGCUCUAGGUAGAGCUGCACAUCUGGAACGCCUUGAAUUAGUGCGUGUUCCUUUUCCAGGUGGUGUGUUUCGGCAUGUUGUUGAGGAAAAUUGGCGACUAGGCAGCUUUCGAUACCUUACAAGAGUUUCACUUGCAUCAUGCUAUGAUGCCAUUGAGGUAGAUCUUGGUUACCUGGUACUAGUAUCUGCCUUUCGAUUAGAAGAACUUUGCAUUCAGCCUUCUUUGACCAAGGAUGCAGUCUUCUCAGCAUUGUUAAUGGCUCAUGCAGAGUAUCCAAGAUUUGAAUGUCUUCACCUGGGUUAUACUGAUGACUUUCCUGAAAAAGGGAAAUACACAGAAGAGGAGCUCCAACAGCAUGGCUUAAUGAUUGAAAGAGAACAGACGCCUGCCUUGUCAGAUAGAGGACUGAAACUAGCUUUGCAAGUAUUUCCACAGGUGCGCUGUUUAUCAGUCAGCAACUGUCCAAAUUUGAGAAAUGCUACACUUUGGCCUACGUCAAAUUUAACAUGCCUGACAAUAUCGGAUUUGACAUUAUACAAGUGCAAGAAUUUAUCUUUGGAACAUUUUUCUCAAUUUAUCCGUCAGCUGCCUGCCAUUCAGUUCCUCAAAGUUCAGAAUAUGUUCAAGAGGGAGUCCUCUGGUGAACCUACUAGACCUGAAAGAACCAAUUCUAAUGAUGAUGACAAUCUUCUUUUGUCAUCACAAGUUCUAAAAAGUAUUUUCUUGCAAAAGUGUGGAAUAGUAAAAUUGUCUGUUGAAGAUUGCCCAAAACUGAGUUCUGUUUCAUGCACCUCAUGCAAAGAGCUAUCAGAAGUAAAACUCAAGAACUGUUUAUUAAAUCGAGCAAAGUUUACAUUGUGUCCAGCCCUUGAAAUGAAAACUCUCCUGGAUGAGUUGUACAAUUUGCCCGUAAUUGCUGGUCGAAUAAUCUCCUUGAAUCCGACAGAAUUGUUUGAUCCAGCUGAACUGGAAAGACAGGUCUUUGAAUCCAUGGUUGACUAUCCUUUUUGUGUCAUCAAAGAUGAAGGAAACCAAGGUUUUUGUUUACAAUUAGGCUGAUACUGUUACUGUCACUGUCAUCAUUACUGGCUUUGCUGUUAAAACUACUGAGGAUUUGGUUGUUACUUCACUUAGUGCAAAUUAUCUAUCUGGUAAUUUUCUUCCUGGAGUCUCCUUUGUGAGUAGGAGCCCUUUGGAUCUGAAGUUAUUCAAUUAAAUGGGAUGACUG